AUGCAAAACGGCUUCCUUUCAAACGGAUGCAACAAUUCGAACGUCUAUGGCACCACCUAUUCGACUACAAAUGGCUAUGGGAACGGAUCGCUGGCUGCGAAACCGCCCUUGAAUGCGGCGAGGGCGUCGCCAAGGCUUAGCCAAGGAUGUGGAGCGAGUCCCCGAUCGUCUGUCGCCAGUUAUUCCUCACAUACCUCAGGGAUAGGAGCUAGUCCUCCAAUGGCUAGGCGCUCACCUCAGAGCAAUAAGGUCAGUGGUGGUGCGGAUCAGAACUACCCCGUUAUCGUAUCACGCGUCGCUCCAGGAAGUUCUGCAGACAAAGCACAUCCACGAUUGAACGAAGGCGAUCAGGUUCUGUUCAUCAAUGGCCGUGACGUGACACCUAUGUCCCAUGAUACAGUGGUCGAUUUCAUCAGAAGCGCCCGAACUUCGCCAAAUGGAGGGGAGCUCGUGCUCACGAUCAAGCCCAAUGUCUACCGCCUCGGUGAAGAAGUGGAUGAACCGGAAGGGGCGGCACUUCCCGAGCAGAUGCGGGUGGCUGAGAGUGUGCCACGGAGCGACAAACUAUCUCAUUCACUACGACUACUAGCUGAUGCUUUGGCCACCGGCCGAAUUGUGUCUCAGUUUGAGCAACUUUAUCGAAAGAAACCGGGUAUGACGAUGAAUGACUGCCGACUGACGUCGAAUCUCAACAAAAUAGCUGCACGAAAGCCACGAAUAUGGGUCGUUUUUGGUGAACUGCAUAGUGAUACGACGCCGAACUGUCCUUUAUCGGAGUUUUCGUCCGAGAUGAAGGUUCGUCGUGCUCGUGCAGGCAGUGUCGACCCAAUUGUCGUGCACUGCUCGGCAGGAAUCGGUCGCACCGGAGUACUGAUUCUGAUGGAGACGGCUGCAUGCCUUGUAGAAGCGAACGAGCCAGUCUAUCCACUCGACAUCGUACGGGUAAUGAGGGACCAACGGGCGAUGGCCAUUCAAACAGCGGGUCAAUACACAUUUGUUUGUGAAUCGAUCUUGCGUGCUUACAAUGACGGUAUUAUCAAGCCACUGGCCGAAUACCAGAAACGGUAA